AUGCGGAUCGAUCGAAAAAAUUUGGUUAUAUCAUUUUAUAAUAUAAUAUUUAUUUCACAAAUUUUUGCUUUUAAAGAACAAGUAGAUUUUACAACAGUUAGAAGUGACUUACAUGGAGUAGUUUUUCAGUAUUUUGGAAAGAGUCACAGCGAAAAGUUUUUACCAGUGUGUGAAAAAAAUGCUGUUUGUAGUAUAGCUCAUAAUCGAUUUUGGCUUAUACCGUUGAUAACAAGGUUUUGUCAAUGUCCAUCUGGUUUUGAUUGUCCAUGGCAAAUUGAAAAUGAUAAUUUUACAAUGAGCUUAAACAAUCGUUCAACUUUAAAGUAUUGCGAACCUGUAAAUAAUACUUUAAAAACAUGCAAAGAAGGCGAAACAGCAAUAAGUGUUGAAUCGUAUACGAUUAAUAAUAAAGUUCAAAGUAAUCCACCAACAGCAAUUUCUACAUGUUAUUGUCCAAAAAAUAGUUACUGGAAACACACAAAAAGAUUAGAACAGUCUAUUGGAUUGAACCCUGCAAUUCGAAGAAUCGAUUAUUAUAAAUGCCUUCCUUUGGAUAUGUGUUUUUCGGAUGAAUUAUGUGGUUACAUUCAUUACAAUUACAGUUCUGUUUAUUACAGGUGCUCUUGUCCCGAAAAUCAUUUGUGCAUUAACAGAGAUUUUAAUAUUACGUAUGUGAACGAAUUGUUUUAUCAAGGAGAUGGUUUGCAAGCAUUUUGUAUAAAAAAUCCUUAUUAA